GAGGUGGGAGUGUCCAUCAGUCUGCAGCAUCCUGAUCUACCGGAGACCUGCUCGGUUCACGGCGGGGCUCUGUCGGUGUUUUUCUCAGGCUCAGCCCGGUCUGUGUGUGUUGGUGUGUUUGUGUGUGUGUGUCCUGUUUACCGGUGGCUGCGUGUCUCCCGGUGAGUGUGUCUGUGUGUCUGUGUGUCGUGUUGACCGGACGGUAUCGGUGAUGGAGGACGCGGCGGGGUGCGGGGUGUGCGGGGUGAAGGUGAUGUGUCGCUUCAGGCCGCUGAACGACUCGGAGAGGAGCCGCGGAGACAAAGACAUCCCCAAAUUUAACGGAGAGGACACGGUGGUGGUGGCGGGGAAGCCGUAUGUGUUUGACCGAGUCCUCCCUCCGAACUCUGAACAGGUCCAGGUGUACGACACCUGCGCCAGACAGAUCGUCAAAGAUGUGUUGGGAGGAUACAACGGGACCAUCUUUGCUUACGGUCAGACGUCCUCAGGAAAGACUCACACCAUGGAGGGGAAUCUUCACGACCCGCGUCUGAUGGGAAUCAUCCCGCGAAUCUCCAGAGACAUCUUUGACCACAUUUACUCCAUGGACGAGAACCUCGAAUUCCACAUCAAGGUCUCUUAUUUUGAAAUCUAUCUGGAUAAAAUCAGAGACUUACUGGACGUGUCGAAGACGAACCUGGCUGUUCAUGAAGAUAAAAACAGAGUUCCUUUUGUCAAAGGCUGCACCGAACGCUUCGUCUCCAGUCCUGAUGAGGUGAUGGACGUCAUCGACGAGGGGAAGGCCAACCGACACGUCGCUGUCACCAACAUGAACGAGCACAGCUCUCGCAGUCACAGUAUCUUCCUGAUCAACAUCAAGCAGGAGAACGUGGAGACGGAGCUCAAACUGUCGGGGAAACUUUACCUGGUCGACCUGGCGGGCAGCGAGAAGGUGAGUAAAACGGGAGCAGAAGGCUCCGUGUUGGACGAAGCCAAGAACAUCAACAAAUCUCUGUCUGCUCUGGGGAACGUGAUCGCCGCUCUGAGCGAAGGAACGAAAACCCACGUCCCGUACAGGGACAGCAAGAUGACCCGGAUCCUGCAGGACUCUCUAGGAGGAAACUGUCGAACCACCAUCAUCAUCUGCUGCUCGCCGUCCGUUUACAACGAGGCCGAAACCAAGUCCACCCUCAUGUUCGGACAGAGAGCUAAAACCAUCAAGAACACCGUAUCUGUUAACCAGGAGCUGACGGCUGAAGAGUGGAAGAAGAAAUAUGAGAAGGAGAAAGAAAAAAACAGGAGUCUGAGCAUCAUGGUUCAGAAACUGGAGAAUGAGUUGAAACGCUGGAGGAAAGGUGAGUCUGUACCUGUGGAGGAGCAGCUGAGCAGCAGAAACAAGAAAAGUAGCAGUGAGACGAUGGCAGUGGCUGACAGCUUGGCCCCGCCCCCUGUCCCUCUGUCAGACGAAGAGAAGACGCAGUAUGAGACACUCAUCAGUGACCUGUACCAUCAGCUGGACGACAAGGACGAGGAGAUCAACCAUCACAGUCAGACAGCCGAGAAUCUGAAACAGCAGCUGAUCGAUCAGGACGAGGUGCUGCUGUCCGGCCGCCAGGACUACCAGCGUGUGCAGGAGGAGCUGUCCCGGCUGCAGAGGGACGGCGACUCGGCCAAAGAGGAAGUGAAGGAGGUGCUGCAGGCGCUGGAGGAGCUCGCCGUCAACUACGACCACAAGAGCCAGGAGGUGGAGACGAAGAACCGCUGCAACGAGGCACUGAACGAGGAGCUCGCUCACAAAACUGUGAGCCUGGAGGCGGUGCAGAGGGAGCUGUCCGGCCUGCAGGAGGUCAGCGCUCACCACAGGAAGCGUUCUGCAGAGAUCCUCAACCUGCUGCUCAGAGACCUCGGAGACAUCGGCAGCGUCCUCAGCACCUCAGACCUCAAAGCGAUGACGGAGGCGAGCGGCGUGAUGGAGGAGGAGUUCACCACGGCGCGGCUCUACAUCAGCAAGAUGAAGUCUGAGGUCAAAACUCUGGUGACCCGCAGCAAACAGCUGGAGCUACACCUGACAGAGAACACCUGCAAGAUGGAGGCCAACGAGAAGGAGCUCAACACCUGUCAGCUGCUCAUCUCACAGCUCCAGGCGAAGGUGGCGUCGCUGACUGACGACCUGCAGAAGGUGGAGCAGAAGAAACGUAAACUGGAGGAGAGUCAGGACGCUCUGAUGGAGGAGGUCGCCAAACUGCAUGCUCAAGGUCAAAUGCACGAGGUGUCGUCGAUGGAUAAAGAGAAGGAACACAUGAGUCGACUGAAGGACGCCGUUGAGAUGAAGAGAACUCUGGAGGAGCAGAUGGAGAACCACAGAGAAGUUCAUCACAAACAGCUGAGUCGCCUCCGAGACGAGAUCGAGCAGAAACAGAGAGAUGUCGACCGCGUCAAAGAUGUGAAUCAGGCCCUGCAGCUGGAGAACAGGAAGCUUCAAUCUGACUUUGACAAACUGAAAGCUGAAGACAAGAACAAAGCCCAGAAACUCCACAAACUGCAGUUCCUGAAUGAGAAGAGAGAACAAGCCAAAGAGGACCUGAAGGGCCUGGAGGAGACAGUGGCCAAAGAGCUGCAGACGCUCAACAAUCUCCGCAAAGUCUUCAUCGAGGACCUCGGCACUCGAGUCAAGAACAGUUCAGAGAACGACUGCGACGAGGCCGGUGGCAGUUUGGCUCAAAGACAGAGAAUUAUCUUCUUAGAAAACAACCUGGAGCAGCUCAGCAAAGUCCACAAACAGCUGGUGCGGGACAACGCUGACCUCCGCUGUGAGCUGCCCAAGCUGGAGAAGCGUCUGCGGGCCACGGCAGAGCGGGUGAAAGCUCUGGAAGCCGCACUCAGAGCCGCCAAAGAGUCGGCCGUCAGGGACCGCAAACGGUACCAACAGGAAGUAGACCGCAUCAAAGAGGCUGUUCGCUCCAAGAACGUCUCCAGGGGACACUCUGCUCAGAUAGCCAAGCCAAUCAGAGCUGGACAUCAUCAUCAUCAGUACCCGUCCUCCUCUCCAUCCAUCAGACCGACUAUCCGAGGGGGCGGGGCAUCAUCCAGCCCACGCCAUCACUCCCCCCGACAGCAGCAACCACGACAACAACAACAACCACAACCACAGCAACAAGCAUUUCAUCAGAGCCACAGCAAGUAAACUACAGGUUUCAGACGACUCCAGAUCAUUUUCCUUCUCUGUGGAUCUCUCCUGAUCUCACCACUCUGCCUUUACUGGAACCAGACGCCUUGUUUCCACAACUCUUUCCAUUCCACCUUAACAACCAUUCCACCUUAACAGCCAUUCCACCUUAACAGCCAUUCCACCUUAACAGCCAACAAGUGCUUUCUUUCCUCCUCUGAGUCGGGUCAGCUGUCUGACACACAAAUUCAGUUAAAUGAGUAAAAUAAUGCUUUGAAUAAGGAGAUUAAAAGGUCUUUUAGGUUUUAAGUAAGUUAAAUAAAAAAGUUCAAUAUCCUCUUUAAUUUGUUUAAUAAGAAGUUAAAUUUUGACUUCAAUAUUGACUUAAAUUGAGUUAAAUACUGACUUUAAUGAUAACUUUAAUGAGUUUAAUAAUUAUUUAAAUACUGACUUCUAUGAUAACUUUAAUGAGUUUAAUAAUUAUUUAAAUACUGACUUCUAUGAUAACUUUAAUGAGCUGAAUAAGUGAAUCUGGGGUUUCUGAAGUGAAAUAAGUUGGAUGAUAAUGGACUCCAAUGUAAAUUGUUGUUGUCUUUGUGUUGUUUUGCAAACAAACAUUGAUCCGUGUGUUGUUCUGAAAAAUUAAAGUAUUAAAAAAAAGAAGAAAGGUUUGGAAACGUACAAUCAAAGUACUACAGGGAAAUUAUGAGAGUCAACUUACUUUUCUCCAUGCAUUUAUUCAGGUUCUUCUCUAAUUUCUUAUCCAUCUGUGGUUGUAAAUAUUAACUUAUUUUGUGAUUUAAUUUUUGGUUAGAAAGUCAUAAUUUAGACAUAAUAUCCGGUGCCGGUACUCUUAUUCGAGGGGGGUUAUCAACCAAGUUGUGCCUUUCCUGCAUUACUCUGUGGUGUACGUUAAGGAAAACAAAUCAUAUUCGAGGUAUAAAAAUAUAAUGGAAUAUAAUGCAGUAAGGCUCUCAGGCAUUCCAUAUUGUUUUUAAAUAUGUAUUCUCCUAUAUGUACGAUUUACGAGGUGCACCUGAACACACCGUGGAGUCUGUCAGUGCCCACAGUACACCGGACCAAAACAAAACUAAGUGACUUUAUCAUCUGUUAACUCUGCCUGAGAAAAUGUUGAAGUCAUAAUUAUGAAAUUAAAUAAAUGAUGAAGCAGCAGAGGUACGGUGCUGCAACAUGGAGUUUUAAAGGUGGAACCCCAAAUACUUUAGAGCCAUCAUAAAACAAAUAUAGAGGGCAGAAAAGAGUACUGGCAGCUUGUAAGAAAAAGUCA